AUGCGCCCGCGACUGCUGACAGCUAUCAUUAUUCUUGACGCUUACGUAGGUGACACUAACAUGGAUGCUUCACAACUGUAUCCGUUAGGAUUAAACACUAUAAGAGAAAUUAUCGAUGAUCCAAGUACGCUAAAAGGUAAACGAUCCGAGAUGCGUUACGAACCGUUUCGGAUGGCCAAGAAUAAUGAGUUGUCUUCGGUAGCUUAUCGCCGUUUAAUUGCUGCUAUAGAUUGGGUCGAGCAUCUGUCAGCAUUGAUGGGUGGUUUGAGUGUUGAGGACAAGAUCGCACUGGUUAAGAACGCCUUUGCACCUUUAAUGGUGUUCAAAUUCGCAUCGCGGACUGCUGAAGUGGCAAAAGAUGAGAACAUUCUCUGCUUAUGUAAUUUUGCCUAUGUGCCAAGGAAUAUAUCACAGGCAUUUUCUGACAGUUAG